AUGUCCAUCCGCCUGGUAACCCUCAGGGCUUGUAAGCUUGCUAGUAAAAGAGCAGCUCUAUCCAGUGCUUUCUUAAGACCUACCAUCGCGACCAGAGGCUUUAUUAGAACCCCUGUGAUUUUUAAUGAGCAGGCUAAAAACUUGUCUCAAAUAUUGAGCGCUGAAAUCGACUUGGAGACCAGUGACCAAGUUACCGCACUACCACAGGAACUGUCUGUGUAUUUAAACAAGUUCAGCUUUGUUGAUGUUUCCAAAAAGGGCCACAACAUGGCAGAGCUUGUUAGAAAGAAUGGGAAUGAAACUGUUCAUCUUUCCUUCGAUGUUGCUCAAGUUGCUAACGUUCCAUAUGACCCUAAUGUUGUCGAGGAUUCUAUGAAUGGUGAAGAGGAGGCUCCAGAGGAAUUUUCUGCUGCUCAUGAGAAUUUUGCCAAUGUUCACAUUGUUGUCGUUAAGGAAACCGAUAAAUCUGCUACCUGCAUUGAAUUAUUGGUAAACUUCCAAGAGGGUGCAUUCUAUAUCGAUUCGAUCACUCCAUUUGAAUCCGCGGAGCUUGCUUUGAGUAAUUCUGCUGAGGCUGAAGCAAAGAAAGACUUAGUGUACCAUGGGCCCCCUUUCUCGAAUCUGGAUGAAUCCUUGCAGGAAGCAUUUGAAAUUUAUUUAGAGUCUAGGGGCAUCAACGAUGAAUUAGUUUCCUUCAUCAGUGCUUACUCUGAAUGGAAGGAGAACAAUGAAUAUGUGGGUUGGUUGCAGAAUAUGAAGAACUUCUUCUCCUGA